AUGUUUGUAACCAGAUACCAAUCGAAUGGGUACAGACGCGUCCAAACUGUCGAUCGACGGAGUUUCUCUCUUACAGCUGCUGUGUUUGCCCAACAUUUCUCUUUUCUUUUCUCCUUUAUUCCGUCGUUUUCUUUUUUUUUUUUUUCUUCUCUCUUCCAUUAUUGUACUUACUCUAUUAUACUUUAUUUUACUUUACCGUUCGUUUCGUUUAUUUUUCGAUUCGUUUCAUCUCACCUCGGCUCGUAUUUUUGUCUCUUGAAUGGGUACGCGUUCGCUAUUAUAGUGUUUCAUCCUAGUAUCAUCCGCUUCCCUCCAGGAAGAUUACUAGUCUGCGCUGUCCACGGUCCACGGUCCACUGUCCACCGUCUGCUUCCCAUGAUCGGUGCGUUCCAUCUUCCGCCGAUAGCACUUCCGUGCACCGUCUGUAUGUAUACCUUCCUCGCCAUGUGCUGCACAGACCCUCCCACCGCCGUUUCUUUUUCCUAUUCCAAACUUCUAGGACAUUUUAACCCGCACACACAGUAUUUCCCGCACCAGUAA